UAUUUAGAUAAGUCGUAUAUUUGAUAUAAAAACAAACAAAAGCGAACAAAGGAAACGUUUUUUUGUGAUAACAUUAAAACAAUGAAACGAUUAAUACUCAGUUACUUCGUUUUCGCCCCAAUUUUCGCAAACAUGUCCCCAACCGUGCUCACAAACUCUGGGCGCGUCCAGGGACGUAUUUCCACAUUUUACGCCUUUAAAGGAAUACCGUACGCGAAACCACCCCUUGGAAAACUGCGCUUCCAACCACCGCAACCGCCAGAACCCUGGAAAGGGACCAAAAUCUGCGAUAAAUACGGCCCCAAGUGCCUCCAAAUUGACAAAAACGAUGGUUCAAUGACCGGAAACGAGGACUGUUUAACCCUCAAUGUUUUCACUCGUGAUUUAACAAACCCAUCCCCUGUGAUGGUCUAUUUCCAUGGAGGGGCCCAUCUCAGGGGGUCGGGGGCCGACUUGGGGCCCGAAUACCUCAUGGAGAAGUCGGUGGUGCUGGUGACUGUUAAUUUCCGGCUGAAUGUUUUCGGUUUUUUGACCACUUGUGACGAAAACGCGUUUGGAAACGCAGGGAUUAAGGACCAAGUGAGGGCUUUAGAGUGGGUCCAGGAGAAUAUUGCUGGGUUUGGGGGGGAUCCCGGAAAUGUGACCAUUUUUGGGGAGAGUUCAGGGGCGGACUCGGUGUCUUUGCUACUUUUGAGCCCGAGAACAAAGGGCUUGUUUCAUCGGGUGAUUUUGCAAAGUGGGUCGAGUCUUAAUCCCAGGUAUUUGCAACGAAAUCCCUUGCCUUUUGUGGUCAAUUUGGCCAAAUAUUUUGGCAUUCGUUGCGAAAAUACCAAAAGUAUAGUUGAGGGGUUGCAGGAAAUUGACGGGAGUGAGUUACUCAAAGCUGCAAAUGAGGCCAAAGCUACGGGCUACCAACUUGAUCUGAGAGCUGCGGCCUUUUAUCCGGUCAUUGAAGCCGAAAAUAAGGACGCGAUCAUAACGCAAAGUCCCUACGAACUGUUCCAAAGUGGAAAUUUCAAUAAAGUACCGUUCAUAAUUGGCUAUAAUUCCAACGAGGGCACUUUGGGACUAAACCUCGUCAAUAACAUGAAUAUCACCGAUUUUGACUCAAACUACGAGUUGUUUUAUCCACAAUCCUUGAAUAACGCCAACAAGAGCGAAGAAAUAGGGAAAAUAGUCAGGGAGUAUUUUUUGGGAAACGAUUCGGCACAAAACACCGACAAAUUCGCAAAGUUUUUGGCACAGGAACUUCUAGUGCGAGGCAUCCGCAAAAACGUUGAUUUUUUGAUCAAACACUCGGAGGGCUAUUUUUACAAAUUCACCUACAAAGGCACCCACACGAGUCAAUACCCAGGUGUGGGACAUGCCGAAGAGUUGCAGUAUAUUUUUACCAAAAAUGGGACGACUAGGAAUUUGACUCAGAGUGAUGUUUUGAUGCGGAAACGGAUGGUUGAGAUGUGGACGAAUUUUGCAAAUUUUGGGGCCCCAGUUCCCGGACAACGACUCUUGGGCGAGACAAUUUCGUGGGAAAAGUGUGAGGAGAAAAUUACUUAUCUCGAAAUUGGGGAAAAUUUGGAACUGAAGGAGAAUCCGGAUCGGGAAGAAUACGAAUUUUGGGAAAAAUUGUUCAAGGAUUAUGGAAAACCACCCUUUCAGACGUACUAAUGAUAAUAAAAGAAAAAUUAUUUGUAUCAGUGUGAAAAUCUAAUUUUUUUAUAUUGUCUCCUCUUUUUGUAAAAUAAAAACUUAUUGAGUUUGUGUCUCCCAAAAAAUCCUAUAUUAAAUAAUUCAAUAAAAAUAGCCGUUGUAAACACUAACAA